CAGGCCUAUCUGGUCUCAGAGGAAUCCUCAUCAUGAAGCUGCUUUCCUGCAUCCUGUUGCUUACCCUAGCCCUGGGAUGGGCUCACUCGUAAGUGGAAUAUUCUGCAGAUGACCUUGACCGCUGUAAAGGACUUGAGAUGGAUGCUGUUGCAGUGAAUGAAGAGGGAAUCCCAUACUUUUUCAAGGGUGACCAUUUAUACAAGGGCUUCCACGGCCUUGCCGAGCUCUCCAAUGAGAGUUUCGCUGAGUUGGACGACCAUCAUCACCUGGGCCAUGUGGACGCUGCUUUCCACAUGCACUUUGAAGACAACCCCGACGACCACGACCGCAUGUUCUUCUUCUUGGACAACAAGGUGUUCAGCUUUUACAAGCACAAGCUGGAGGCUGGCUACCCCAAGGAUAUCUCUGAAGUCUUCCCUGGAAUCCCCAACGAUCUGGAUGCUGCUGUGGAAUGUCCUCACCCAGAGUGCGCCAACGACUCCGUUAUCUUCUUCAAAGGGGACGAAAUCUACCACUACGAUCUUAAAAGCAAGGCUGUAGAAGAGAAAGAGUUCAAGUCCAUGCCAAACUGCACAUCGGCUUUCCGCUUCAUGGAGCACUACUAUUGCUUCCACGGGCACAUGUUCUCCAAAUUUGAUCCAAAGACCGGCGAAGUGCACGGCAAAUACCCCAAAGAGGCCCGCGACUACUUCAUGAGAUGCUCCAAGUUCAGUCCUGACAGCGACCAUGUGGAGAGAGAGCGAUGCAGCCGUGUUCACCUGGAUGCCAUCACAUCAGACGACGCUGGAAACAUUUAUGCCUUCAGAGGCCACCAUUACCUCCGUAAAGAUGACAAUGACACACUGACCUCUGACACCAUCGAGAAUGAUUUCAAGGAGCUGCACAGUGAGGUGGACGCUGCUUUCUCUUAUGAAAAUCACCUUUACUUGAUCAAGAAUAACAAUUUGUAUGUUUACCGAGUCGGUGAGCCCCACAUCCACCUCGAUGGUUACCCCAAACCUGUGACGGAGGAGCUGGGCAUUGAGGGUCCCAUUGAUGCUGCAUUCGUCUGUGAGGACCAUCACAUUGCUCACAUUAUCAAAGGUAAUCAGAUGCAUGAUGUGGAACUGAAAGUCACCCCACGUAAGGCAGGAAACGAGCGUCCAAUCGGACCCUUCAAGAGAGUCGAUACUGCCAUGUGCGGUCCCGGAGGAGUUAAGGUGAUCAUAGGAAAUCACUUCUACCACUUUGAUAGCACCAAACUGCUUUCUACUGCCAGGUCCCUGCCUGAGCAGCACAAAGUGUCUCUGGAGCUGUUUGGCUGUGAUCACUAGGACUGAAUGGGUUGUGCAGGACAUCGCAUACAACACAGUGAAAUAUGGAGAAACAAAAGCACCAACGACUUCAGACAAGAGGCGCCACAUGACAAGUUGCUAAGCUUUUGACUAAGAGCACUUACAGCUGAUGCAGUAUUUCAUACCCAUUGUUUCCCUUCCAUGUCUUAGUAGUAGCCUUCUUUAAUUCAUUUAGAGGGUUGUUACUUUUCAUGCUAAAGCUCUGUGGUCCUCCACGCAAAGUGUGCUACCAAGAAGGCAGAUGUUUUUCUGUGAUUCGUUUUGUACAGUGCUGUUGUGAAUAAAGCAAAGUGGCAAC